UUUCCAAGCAAGGUAAUAUUUCCCCAUGUCUGCACAUAUUUUCAUGUUGAUGUGCAUUGACAUUUAUUCAGUAAUAUGAAGACACACAAACACACACACAGAGGACAACCUUCUUUCAGUUUCUGUCUAUCAAAUCCACUCAGAUGGUUUUAGGUGCACUGGUGCUAUUAAAGAAGACACUUGCUCUAUGGGAUUGAACUUGAAAUCACAUGGAUGGAAAUCAAAGUUGUUUAACAUUUUCUUUUUGUUUUUCUAAUUCAGUUGGCUUUUUGUUAUUCGUCAAUGUUUAUUCUUGUUUUGAUCAAUCAUAAAAAAAUUAGGUUCUGCGACUAUCCAUAUGAUUGUACGACCUGCUAGAAAUAACAGCACAUUUCCUGUCAAUUUCCCCUUCCAAUGAAGAAUAUUAAAGACUGUAUUGCAUGGUGUAGUAAUAGAUAUUAAACGUUAUAGAAAUAGACAGGAUGUUCAUGGAUGGAAUGUCUAUAAUCACAUAUCUGUUCAGUCAGAACUGACCUGGAUGUAAACAACAAUGCCAAGUUAUAUUUCUGGAGAAAGACUAAUAUUAGUGUCCAAUAUUCAAUGUGAAGGUGUCAGUGUAGGUUAGAAAUAUGUAAGCUUCACACAAGAUUCUAUGAUGUCGGCUUUUAUGAAUUCAAAUGGUAACGCCAUUGUCAUCUGGAAGGGGUUGCAUGGUUUGGCCCGAGCUGACAAGCUGCAGCACUCUCCAGUCUGGUUUGUGAUGGUUUCUACAGCUAGAUACCUUUCCUACUGCCAACCACUUCACAGUGCACAGGGUGCCUUUAUGUGGCAAUGCAGGGUAACUUUUAUGUGCCACCACACUUGCUUUCAUGUGGUGGCACUGCACAUCCACUUUUAUGAAGAACACUCAUAAGUGCUGUUGGCCACCAGAAGGGUGAGUCUGAAUACUUCUGCUGUGGGUCUUCUUGAGUACAGCGGAGUGCCAGUCAUCUUGGUCUUCAUCAUAUCACCUGAAAGGUUCAGCAUCCUGAGUUUGCUCAUCAGCACUUCAUCCCAUGUCUUCUUGCGUAUCCCACUUCCACUUCUUCCAUCUACUUUGAGAGAUUGGCACUUCUUUAUGGAACAGUUGGCAUCCAGCUCCAUUUUUAAGAACAUCAGAUGACAGAAGAAGCAUCCUCAAUAGCCACCAUGUUUUAAAGACUAAAGGAAAAUAUUCUACAAAACAGAUGUAUAACAUUGUUUCUACAAAUCUUUGGAAGAAUUCUUGUGAAACAUUUGCUCUGAAAUAAAAUUAUUAGCCAAAUUUCUUAACAUUAUUGACUAGAGUGUGAAGAAGAGAAGCUUGUGUGCUGAUCAAAGCUUGAUAAAUUCAUGGAAGCUUUGUGAAACAAAGAUAACAAUGGACAGAAAUACAACAGCAGAAAUGUAUGUAAGGAAUAAAGUAUAAAAACAAAAGCAAGAAGAAUAUAUUGACUGGGAUUUGAGAGGAAAAGUAAUGGAUAAGAGUGAGAAAAUUAUUUCCCCUGAAGACAUAAUAAAAGAGAUGAGAUCUUAUGACUGUGAUAUCUGUAGAAAGUCCUUCUCUCGAAAAAGUAACCUGAUUACGCACAAACGUACUCAUACAGGAGAGAAGCCAUAUCAAUGUGAUAUCUGUGGUAAAUCAUUCUCUCGAAGUAAUCAGGUUGCUGUGCACAAACGUACUCAUACAGGAGAGAAGCCAUAUCAAUGUGAUAUCUGUGGUAAAUCAUUCCCUAAGAGUAGUAACUUAUCUAGACACAAAUAUAUCCAUACUGGAGAGAAACCAUAUCAUUGUGAUAUUUGUGGAAAAUCAUUCUCUUUAAGAAAUCAUGUUGCUGUGCACAAACGUACUCAUACAGGAGAGAGAUCAUAUCAUUGUGAUGUCUGUGGUGAAUCAUUCACUCAACAUAUUCACUUAACUUCACACAAACUUAUUCAUACUGGCGAGAAACCAUAUCAUUGUGAUGUCUGUGGUAGACCAUUCUCUCUAAGUAAUACCUUAAAGAAACACAUACGUAUUCAUACAGGAGAGAAGCCAUAUCACUGUGGGAUCUGUGGUAAAUCAUUUUCUCAAAGUUUUAGUUUAUCUGCACACAAACGUAUUCAUACAGGAGAGAAGCCAUAUCACUGUGAUAUUUGUGGUAAAUCAUUCUCUCAAAAUACUGCCUUAGCAACACACAAACGUAUUCAUACAGGAGAGAAGCCAUAUAAUUGUGAUAUUUGUGGUGAAUCAUUCUCUCAAAAUACUGCCUUAGCAACACACAAACGUAUUCAUACAGGAGAAAAGCCAUAUAAUUGUGAUGUUUGUGGUAAAUCAUUCUCACAAAGCAAUAGCUUAAAGAAACACAACUGUGUUCAUACAGGAGAGAAGCCAUAUUGUGACAUUUGCGGUAAAUCAUUCUCUCAAAAUGCUACCUUAACCAAACACAAACAUAUUCAUACAGGAGAGAAAGGAAAAGAGCAGUUUCUAUAGUUUCUUGUUUGCUGUAUUUGUUUAAUAUUCCUGUGUUUUAUGCAAUGGAAAUUAUUUCCAAAAAUUUUAGUUUUUUGUUUUGUCUCUGCAAUAUUUAACUCCCACUCCUUUCUUGACUACUCAUGCAUUAUUCUUUCUUGAUUGUUGCAUCUUGUAAUUAUAAUAUAUUUAUUGUUUAUUGUCUUUUAAAUGUUUCACUCAUUAAAUAUUUUAUACAACAACAUAAGUUAAUACUUUUUUAUAUUCAGGAAUAUUGUAAAGUUGUCAAAUAUAUACAUAAACAAUGACCCGAAAUACAAAACAGAAGAAAUCGUAAAGGAAGAACAUGAGGCAUUUGUAUAGUUUAAUGCCCCAACCAGACUGAUUCCUUGUUAGUUUCUGAAUAAGGGUUUCUUUAAACUAAACUUUACAAAGAUAGGUUUUGAAGUGUCCAAAUGAUGAUUUUCAUAAAAUUGAGAGACAACAUUUUGGAGGAGAUUCCUGACUAUCCAGUGUCAACUCUGUUCCACUUAGAUAAACUUAUCCAAUUCUUCAACAUGUCAGGUGAAAUUCUGUUCAAUCUUGAACAUUCUCCGAUAACCACUUCUGACAUGUUGCAGAAGUAUGACAAGCACUAAAAUGUUGUUGCUACACAUAUAGCCUUCUGGCAGUAUCUUUCUUCAGCAAGGUUUCUCCACUGUCUCCAGCAGGUUCAAGUAGCCAUCUAAAUGGAACCUCACUCCAUAUUCAAUAAUGUUGGGUGGCAUGACACACAAGCCGGAUUGGCUACAUUAUAACCAGAGAACAGGAUAGGCAGACACUCGUAAAUGCAAAGUCUUUCUCUGGUAAAGAAUGAUCUUCACAACAUAGGUUAGCAGUUAGUGACUUGAGACUGAGUGCAAGAAGGAAAUUUCAGCCAAUCACGAACUGAAAGUCCUGCAAGUUCAUGGAUCCUGCAGACAGAUUUAGAGAUGUACUUUGAUGAAAAGAAGGAGAAAGAGAACAACUGGAAGUUCUGAUGAGACAACCCUUGUAGAGCUGCAGAAGAAGUUUGUGGUUGGUGUGAAAUAUCAGGUAGGUGAAGGAUGACGUGAUGGUGGAACAGAGAAGUUUAUAGAACAAUAGAAACAAAGAAGCAGUCUUGGAAGAUUUGGAAGAAUGGGAGCAAUUGGUAGCUCAAAGAGAAGCUGGGAAACGGGGCUCUUUAGCAAGGAAUAAGCAGAAUAAAAUGUGGUAUGCAAAUAUUCAACAGGUUGAGGACCAAACAUAUGAAGUAUUCUAAUUUGCAGAAAUUGACGUUUGGGAUGUGUAUGGAGAUAGAUAAUGACAAACUUGCAUUCAGUGAUUCUAAAAAGAAAGAGGAAUGAUAGGACAAAUAUGAAAUGCUAUUCAAAGGUUAAUGUUUUAAGACCAUUGUCAAGAUCAAGAGCAAAUAGCAGAAGGACCUUGACUCACACAAAAUGACUUCCAGGCCAGUUGCCAAAAGUGGCAGAACACAACUAGUUUGGGAACAUUUUCAUACUACCUCAUAUCUGUUUGAAGUAAUUUGAUCCUGCAUUCCAGAUCAGGAAGUAAAACUGUAGCCUGAAUGUUUUGGUAGACUUUACCCAACUUUUUUUCUCUGGCUCUGCACUCAGAAAUUUAUGAGAGCCAACUUUCUGAUUAUCCAUUGUCCGCUUCUUCAACAUGUGAAGUUAAAUUCAGUUCAGCCAUGAUAACCUAUGAAAUAUCUUUUGUUUCUCUGACCUGGCUUAACUCAGAAAUUUUUAUGAAAAUGGAACAGUAAAUAGAAUGCUCUCUUUUAUCAUAAAAGAGGCAACAUGCUUUGUCUCAGUAAUGUUGUCGUGUCAGAAACAUAAAGAUGUGCUUUUGUCUCUUUCCUUGCUGGCUGUUACCGAUGUAACAUUUCUCUCUUAUCCUGUCUACUCAGAGAUAUUUACACAAUGGAUAACAACUACAACCUGUCUUUAUGUAUUAACUCAAAAUAAUUCUUUAGCUGAUAAUUCUAAAUGAAAGCAAGUUUACUUAUGAUCUAUUUCGAGUGUCAUUUAUUCUAUGUAUGAUGGAUUAAAUUUGAUAGUUUGCAUAAAAGCAACAUAAACCAUAUUAUUCCAUCCAAGAAUAGAAAUAUAUUAAAAGACCAAAAACUAUCUAGAUUAUGUCUGGGAGACAGCAGUUUACUCAAAGUAGCCACCCUCAGCUUCCACCAUGGUCUCAAGACAGCUCUAGAACCUGGAGUCUUUGUCUCUGAAAAGAUUUUCAAGCACCUCCUUGAUCUUGGCUACCAGCUCAGCAUUGCUAUUGAAACAGAGCAGUUGGUGUUUUUCUCAACUGUACCUCACAAAUGAUAAUCCAUGAGAUUACAAUCAGGGGAAUUAGGCUUGGAGAAGUGGUAGAAAUUCACUGACAACCACUUCUGACUCUUUGUGGAAAUAUGACAAGCUGUCAAACGUUGCUGCCACAUGUACAGCCUUCUGGCAGUAUCCUUCAAGGUUUUCAUCACAGCUUCAUGUCCCAUCUGAAUGGAAUUUAACAUUCUAACAUCAUGUUCAAAGAUGUGGGGUGGCAUGACAUCACCUUCACUGGAGACACACUCAAAGAUGAGCCUGUUGCAUUCUUUCCUGCUGGUCAUCACUUUGUAGUCUCUGUUGCUGCUGUACAUAUUAGGCUUUAUGACUUUUACAGUGUUCAGAAAGUAUUGAGCAGCAGUCACAAUGUCAGCAUUUUUUCUAUCUAGUUCUUGUCAUCAUGAUACAGGUAACUCUCUUACAUUAUUCAGCUGGAUUUUAGUCCUGUUAGUUAAUUAUUUUCUUUUUUGGACUACAACGCUACUCUUUAUGCUCUGCCAGAAUAUUGACUGUUCACCAAUACAUAAAGAUUUUUUCUGAAAACAAAGACGUAAAAUAUUGUAAAAUUUACCCUGAACAUCCUGUGUGCCAGUUUUUAUAAUUUACAAAAUUGCAAACUGAAUCUGAUUAUUCAUAAAUAAUGGGGGAAAAAAAAAGAUAAUUAUCAUCUCAAAGAGGAAGUCAUCUGGAAAUAAUAAUAAAAACAAUAUAAUCUUCUCUGAGAAAUAACUCAACUUUUAGAUCUACUUUUUAUCAGUCUCUCUCUACCAGUCACCACACUUUUUAUGUUUCUCUCUUUCACAAUAUAUGUCUUAUCUCUCACACAUUGGCUUCAUUUUGUUUAAAACUUUGUCUUCAAAUGUUUGCUUUCGUUUUAUCACAGCUAUCAUGUACAAAUCCUGUUUUCUAAUUUGGUAAAAUGAUCAAACUUGAAACCUGUCUAACAUUUUUCUAGAAAAAUUUCUGGAAUAAUGUAAUCACAAAUAGGGAUUCAGUGUGAAAAAAAUAUUUUAACGUAUGAAGUUUGAGCAUUUUCAGUUAGUUUUGAAGGUUCAAAAUCUGUGAUGGCAACAAAAAAGAACUCUUUUCUCUUUCAUUUUCACUUCCCUCGUAGUAAACUAUUUAUCUCACACUCUCUCUAUAUAAAGUAUACAGCUAUUGUUGUGUGUGUGAGGAGUAUUUAUUAGAGCGACAGUGUGAUUUAAAAAGCGUUCAGUAAAAUAUAAUUUAUUUUAAUAGCAUACUUUUCUGUCUUCUGGCACAAAUCAGUCGAUGUUGUUGACUAUUUUAGUUGAAGCUGCGGUUUGAUCCAGAGUUGCCCCUCUUUGGUAUUUUCUAUUGAUUAAUACUAAUAGAAACAUCGAUGUCUGGAAAAACUGGGUGGGAACACUUGACAGAUAUGGUGUUUUCACCCUUUAUUUUACCUUAAGAGAGAAUGUUUUCUCUGGGGUGACUGCAGUCAAUAUGUCUCUGGCAGCUGAAAUAUGUCACAAACACAUUUUAAUUAACCUAAUGUUCUCAUCCAUUCAUUCAUUCAUUACUUCACAAAUACAUGAUUAAAAGGUAUCUACCGCUGCUGUUUCCCAUUGAAACAUAUCUGCUUAUUCCAUUAUUACAAUCAAUAUAUAUCCAUUAUUAGUGUUGUAUGUAAAACUAUACAUAUAUAAGAAUAUAUCUGAGUGUGUGUAAGUAUUUCUGCAUAUGAAUAUAGGGUUACGGUUGGGGUUUAUGUGUGGAUAUAUAUGUGUUUGUUUGUGUAUAUAUAUAUACUUAUAAACUAUGUGACUGCUGAUAUAUAUACAUUUGUAUUUCUACACAAAAAUUUAUUUAUAUCGCUCUCCUUCCCUUUUCAUUUAUUAUCGGUGAUGUGAUGCUUCUAAAUAUAAACGAUUCAUCCAAAUGUAUUUUGGUAUUAUGAAAACUGUUUCUAAUGAGAAAUGCCUUACAUAACACGUUAAUCAUUCUAAUUGCAAUCAGAAAAUGAAUCAUAUGUGAUGGAAAAUAAACAAUACCAAAAAACA